UUUUGUAUGCAGCUGUUCGUACGCCAAAGUCAUAACUUUCAUUCAAAUAACAGAAGCUUGCGGUGAAGUACAUACUUAUGUCAAUCUUACAGUUUAAUUCAGACACAUGCUAAGGUAACGGAAUUUUUUGCUAGCAUCUUUGCGACACUGUUGUGCCGUUUCACGCGUAUUAAAAAAAAAAAAGUCCCUGUUAUCGGCCACCUCGGAAGGAUAUACCAAGGACGUAAAUAAAGUCUGCGCCCUUUGUUCUUGUGGCGCAGUUACACUUUAGCAACGGUGCAGCUUGGAGGUAACUGGUUGAGAUUCGUGCAGGACCGGAUCGGCAGCAAACAUGCAGAUAUUUGUGAAAACGCUCACUGGGAAGACCAUCACACUAGAAGUUGAGCCAAGUGACACUAUUGAAAAUGUGAAGGCUAAAAUACAGGAUAAAGAAGGCAUUCCUCCAGAUCAACAAAGGUUGAUCUUUGCUGGCAAACAGCUGGAAGAUGGCCGAACCUUAUCAGACUAUAACAUCCAAAAGGAAUCCACUCUGCAUUUGGUUCUCCGUUUGAGAGGUGGGAUGCAGAUAUUUGUGAAGACCCUGACUGGGAAGACCAUUACCCUUGAGGUUGAGCCAAGUGAUACUAUUGAGAAUGUAAAGGCAAAAAUCCAAGACAAGGAAGGCAUUCCCCCUGACCAGCAGAGAUUGAUUUUUGCUGGCAAGCAGCUGGAAGAUGGUCGCACUCUUUCUGACUACAACAUUCAAAAAGAAUCCACCUUGCACUUAGUUCUUCGUCUCAGAGGUGGGAUGCAAAUAUUUGUGAAGACCCUGACUGGUAAAACAAUAACCCUUGAGGUUGAACCAAGUGACACAAUUGAAAAUGUAAAGGCGAAAAUCCAAGAUAAGGAAGGUAUUCCUCCCGACCAGCAGAGAUUGAUCUUUGCUGGAAAGCAGCUGGAAGAUGGCCGCACACUCUCUGAUUACAACAUUCAGAAAGAAUCCACACUGCACUUGGUUCUUCGUCUCAGAGGUGGGAUGCAGAUUUUUGUCAAGACCCUGACUGGGAAGACCAUUACUCUUGAAGUUGAGCCCAGUGACACAAUUGAGAAUGUGAAGGCAAAAAUCCAAGAUAAGGAAGGCAUUCCCCCUGACCAGCAGAGGUUGAUCUUUGCAGGCAAGCAGCUGGAAGAUGGUCGCACUCUUUCUGACUACAACAUUCAAAAAGAAUCCACCUUGCACUUAGUUCUUCGUCUCAGAGGUGGGAUGCAAAUAUUUGUGAAAACACUGACAGGGAAGACCAUUACUCUUGAAGUAGAGCCAAGUGAUACCAUUGAGAAUGUGAAGGCAAAAAUCCAAGAUAAGGAAGGAAUCCCUCCUGACCAACAGAGAUUGAUUUUUGCUGGCAAGCAAUUGGAAGAUGGCAGAACCCUCUCAGACUACAAUAUUCAAAAAGAAUCCACCCUGCACUUAGUUCUACGUCUCAGAGGUGGGAUGCAAAUAUUUGUGAAGACCUUAACUGGUAAAACAAUAACCCUUGAGGUUGAACCAAGUGACACCAUUGAAAAUGUAAAAGCAAAAAUUCAAGACAAAGAAGGUAUUCCUCCCGACCAGCAGAGAUUGAUCUUUGCCGGAAAGCAGCUGGAAGAUGGCCGCACACUCUCUGAUUACAACAUUCAGAAAGAAUCCACACUGCACUUGGUUCUUCGUCUCAGAGGUGGGAUGCAGAUUUUUGUCAAGACCCUGACUGGGAAGACCAUUACUCUUGAAGUUGAGCCCAGUGACACAAUUGAGAAUGUAAAGGCAAAAAUCCAAGAUAAGGAAGGCAUUCCCCCUGACCAGCAGAGAUUGAUCUUUGCAGGCAAGCAGCUGGAAGAUGGCCGCACUCUCUCUGAUUACAACAUUCAGAAAGAAUCCACCCUGCACCUGGUCCUGCGUUUGAGGGGUGGGGUUUAAAACAAUCAUUAUGCAUCUGCUCUGCAUUACUUGCUUGUUGCACUUUGUUUCAAUAAAGCUAUUGCAUUCCAAAA